AUGGAAGUUGUGGGAUUUGACGAUCAGACAGGUGUAGUAUAUUAGGCCUGUAAUACUUUUGUAACCCUAAUUUUCAAAGCAUCGUGGGAAAUCGAUUUUUCCAGUUGACGCAUCGGUUGUCGUUAAGCGAGGAGCCCACAUUCGUGCAGCAACAGCUAGCACACAUCACACGUGUAAAGGCCCAUACAUAGUGGGGACCGCAGUUUUCCUCAUCAAAAAAGACGCUUUAGAGCGCUUAAAAACCGACUGUACCCAAACAAAAACAUCCUGGAUCUCCACAAACGACGCUCUGUCCGCGCUCCUCUGGCGUUACAUCGUGCGCGCAAGGACCCGAAUGCCUGAAUGGAGAAGUAGAACAAGCAAUCUGAUGUAUGCUAUGAACAUCCAUUCCUCUCCAGCGUUAAACUCCGGAUCUCCAUCAUCACCACCAUCAGAGCCUCGCUUAGCAAAUAUAGUCCUCUACAGCAUCAACAUCGCCCUGGUUCCUGAUCUAGAUAUUUCGCAUGAACUCUCCACAAUCUCAGCCCUCGCAUCCACAGCGCUCAACAUCCGCUCCGCAGUGCAGAUCUACACCUCUCCCGAUCUCGUUGCUCAAGCUCUGCAAUUGGUAGCUACCAUCCCGGAUGUGAGGAGAUUGGGUCUGGUAUACCCGACUUGGUUGGAACAUGAUGUUGUGAUCUCUUCAUUUUCGCGACUCCCGCUGUACUCGACGAGCUGGGGGAAGACGUUUGGUGAACCUGAGAAUGGUGAGUUGAGUGUUGGAGUGCCGAAGGGUUAG